AUGAAAGAUAGCAGUAUGAGUAUUGGAGGUAAAGCCAUCAAGAUAAGUCCUGAUGACAUUACCUUUGAUAGCGUUGUCUAGAAUCAAAUCCAAGUCUAGCAAGUGACCAUGAAAAAUAGUCUAUCUGCACCUGUUGAAUUGACUCUCAAAUCCUCUAAUUCUGAUAGAAUUGAUACAGAGCCAAAGUUUAAAAAAUUGGCACCACCAUUGGCCUAGAAAACAGGAAAGAUUAAGGAGACCAUUUUCAUUAAGAGUGAUUUCUUUGAUUAAAAGAUAAAUGUAACAAUCAUUCCAUCUCUAUAUCCAAACGCUACUGGCUCUACUACCCCAAGGGAUACCUCUCUGACUAAUUCUAUAAGAACUAAUCAUCCAUUCAAGUCAACUAAGAAUAGAGAUCAAUCUAAAGAGUACAACUUUGGAGGUCAAAUAGAGAGCAGUGAUCAGAGUUCACCAUAGUUUAAAAUAAGGCGUGAAAAUAACAACAACAGCAGUAGGUAAAACUUAUCCUCAAUAGAUAGAGAGUUGAGUGAAAAAGAACAAACUAUCUAAGAACUAGGCCACAAAGUGAGGAAGCUCGAAGUAGAAGCGUAGAAUGCAGUAAGAAUGUACAAGGAAGAAGUAGCAAAAAGAAAGGAAAUUGAAGAUAGAUUUGAAAAUGCUGGGUAUUCAAAAGAUAAUGAAUAGCUCCUAUAGCAGUUUAAAGUGCUUUUAAGGGAAAGAGAGCCUAAUUUAGAGUAGCUUAUGGAAUUGACUCUGAAAAAGGAAAGAGAUUAGUAAGAGAGAAAAGAUGCCAAGAUUCUUGAGAUUCUAAAAAUCAAGGAUAAGUAAAUGGAGGAGAUUCAAACUAAAUUCUUGACUCAAGAAUCAGAAAAUUCUAAGUUGAUAUCAGCACUGCAAGAUCAUAAGAGAUAGAUUAAACAAAUGGAGUAGCGAGAAAAGCAAAUAACAAAGGAAGCAGAAGACUUAGAGCUCAAGCUUCAAAAGGCUUAGUCAUAAAUUUCUGAAUUACAUCAUGGAGAAUAAUUUAAAAAGCUAUAAUACCUCGAAGAUAAACUAAAGGAAGCCAAUGAUUACAUUCAAAGUUGUCAAGAUGAGCUCUUGAGAACCCAGACUGAGUUGCAAGAAAAGGCAUAAAUUGAGUAAUUCUUUGAAGAAGCAAUGUAGAGAUUCAAAGAUCAAGCGCAAAUAAAAGAUAGGUAGAUAAGCUAACUCAGUCAAGAGUUGGAAGUAGAAAAAGAAAUGAAGAUCAGACAAGAAGAGCACUUGAAGGUUUUAAUGGAUUAGCUUAACCAAGUGAGCAAUUCAUCCCAUUAGGAAAGAGAUGUUCAGGCAUAAUUUAUGAAGCAAGAAAGAGACUAUAUUGAUAGGAUCAACAAGCUCCAAGUGGAUAAGUAGUCACUUUUUGAAGGCUUAGAGAGCUUUAAGUCUUAAAGUUAAGAAGAUCAAGAUAAUAUGAGGCAAAUACUAGAAAAGCUUAAUUAAAUAACAGAGAGUUAGUCAAAGUCCAAUAAAUUCAAAAAGUAAUAAAACUUACCUUACCUGAUCGAUGAAAAAGUAGAGGAGUUAGCGGGUAUGCUUAAGAGUCUCCAGAUCUAGAAUUAAGAACUUGCAUUGAAAAACACUAAUCUAAUUGAUAAACUUAAGGAUAGAGAGUCAGAGUUGUAAAAAACUAUUGAGGAGAAUGAGGAUCUGUCAGAUAAAGUUAAUGUUAAAAAGAGAUUAGGGGUGAAAUCUGUUUAAACCUCAAUUCAGAUGGAGGAUCUAGACAAACUAGAAAAGAAACAAGGAAAAAGUAUGGACUUAUUAAAGGAGAAUAAUAAGCUUAAAGAAACUCUUAAUGAACUCGAGAGGAAUAAUUAGUACAUGCAGAAUGAAUUAGACACUAAGAACUAGGAAUUAAUGAUGCUCAUAAGAUCGAAUAGAGAUCAAACUUCUCAGCAGUUUGUGAUGAAUGGUGACCAGAACAACCUAGCAGGCAAUUCCUAUACUUCAGUUAGAGAUAUUCUUCAUUAGAACCAAACUAAUCCAAAUGGGUAUUCUCAAUUUAAUCAAUCUAAUAUGGGAAACUAGAGCUAAGAAGAGUUAAUCUCAAAGUUAAAUGCCAAGAUCUCUCAAAUGAAGAUGAAUGAGACUAAGCUUUAUGCUGAAAUAGAAGAACUUACUUUAAAACUUGCAAGUCAGCCUUAAAAGAGUCACACAUUCCAAAGUAUGGAUCAAAGCAAAUUACAAAACUCCUCCUUGCUAGUGAACAGAGGCAGUGCUAUGGCUACUGAAGAGAAGAUUUCUGAGUAUGAGACCAUUAUCCUAGAGUAACGCUAGCAGCUACUCGGACUAUCAGAGGAAAACUUGAAACUUAAACACGAAAUUGCUAGUGUGACUCAUGUCAAUCAAGUUCAGCAAGAAGAGAUGAAAAUUAGACUUAAGAAUUUAAAUGAGUUAAAGGAAAAGCAUGAGAGCAUUAACUAUCUGCUCAGCUCCUAAGUUUCAGAGAGUGGCUACUUCGGAGGGAUGAGUCAGAAAUCUACAACUGUUGAGACUGAGAGAAUGCGCCAGCAUGUGCAGUAACUAGAACUUAAUCAAAUGACACUUAAACACCAAACUGAUGAGAUGAGGGCUACUCUUAAUGCAACAACUAGAGAACUAGCAGAAACCAAAGGGGAAUUACUUUAGUCUGAGCAAAUAGCAGUUAAGCUCAAGAGUGAGUUGCAAAUGAUGAGAGUUGGACUUGCAAAUAGCGAUCAGGAUAGCAAAUUAGGCCAGAAAGUAGUAGAGCAAAGAAAUAAAAUCAAGUAUCUCUAAGGGCUUUUAAUCAGAGCUAAACAAGACUUUGACAAGCUUCAAUCUUAGAAAUCAAAAACAACCAUUAAAGAUAGAUUAAUCAUUAAUGCUUCUGAGUCUCAGAAGUCUAUAGACAAACUGAGACGAGAGCACUAAGCAGCCCUGCUUAUGGUGAUUGACUUAAAAGAAGAGUACACCCAUAAGUUGAUGAUCUUUGCUGAUAAGCACGAGACUCAACGAGAGAAACUCAAAAAUGAAAAUUUGAACCUCACUAAAAAGUUAGACAACCUGCAAGUGCAGCUACAGUACAUGGAUAAAAAAGAGAUAAGGCUGUUUGGAUAGCUAGAGGAAGUCAAGUAGCUUCAGGAAUUAGAAUCGAACGAGAAGGACACCAGGACUAGGGAGUUGGAAGAACUGCUUUUUAAAAAGGAAGAAACCAUUAAUGAACUGGAAAGAGAGAUCAAAAGCAAGGAGAAGACUAUUUAGGACAGACAGGAGCAGAUAGCUGUGCUGAUUGGCACGCUUGAAAGUGAAAGGACUGUUGAUGAAUCAAGGUAGAAACUUCUAAAUCUCACAGCUGAACUAUGCUCAGUCAAAGCUAUUUAGUCCCAAGCUGAUAGAAAGAUCAACGAAAUGACCUAAAUUCUCAAGAAGUCUCAGCUAAGCGAAGUUAAGCUGAAUAAACAGAUGGAAAUUGAACGAAUCAAGGUAAAAGAGAUUCAAUCCUAGGCAUCUAAGCAGGAAAAGCAAAUAGAUGAGCAGCAGAAAUAGAUAUAGGAAGCGAGAUUGUGCAUCGAUGAGAGGGACAGAGAACUAAAUGAGAUGAAGUUCAGGAAUGAGAGAUUUGAGUUCCAACUCUAAAUGAAAGACUAAACACUGUAACAAAUGAGAGACAGUUAAAGAAGAACAGAGAGCGAGUUCAAAGAAGAGAUUGAUAGAAUUAGGAAGGAAUUCAAUGAAAGGUUCAGUACUCAAGCUGCCAAGAAGAAGCAACUUGAUAAUAUGCAAUCGAAAGACACACUGAAUGCUGGCAAUCAGUUAAAAACAGCCAUUUAAUAAUUGCAUCUUUGCAUUUCAGACUAUAUGAGCUAUUCUCAAUCAACUGAUGAGUAAAGAGUGAUCUAGGAAUUUGAAAAAGCUCUGAACAUUGCUGCCUCAAACAUUGAGAAGCUUUAAGAAGAGAUUGAUAAAUUAGAAAAGCGUGAAACCAUCUAUCAAUAAGAUCUAAAGGCUACAGCUCUGAAUAAGAUCUUAAUCUAAAACAAUGAGAAUCUGCUAAUAAAGAUUCAGAAGUUACAGACGGUUUAUCAACAGAGAGAAGACUAGAGAGAAUCCUAUAUGAAGCAUUAAGAACUUCAAUGGGCAAAGAUUAUUAAGGAGCAAGAUUCUUAAAUUGAGAUUCUGAAGCAAUAAUACACUGAUGUGGAAGUAGAACAAACAGAGAUGAGGGAUAAAUUUAACAAAUUAAAAGAUUAAAAGGAAGAUCUUGAGUAAGGUAUCGUGAUGUUUGAAUAGGAACAGCAAAACAAGCAAUCACAAUUUGAAAGAAAAGCAGAGUUGACAGUGGACGAGAGAUUCAAGAGCAAGCACGAAAUCAUCAAAGCAUACUUUGAUUCCAAUAUCACUAGAAUACUUUUGAACACUCAGAACACCACUAAUGAUAGGAUACUUGAUCUUGGUCGUGAGCUAGUUGCCUAGAAGAUACUUAUUUAAAAGUUGCAAUCAUAGUUGGAACUGGGAGAUAAUGAGAACUAGGGUCUUCAGCUUAACCUCUAGCAUUAUAAAGAACAGAACUAAGUGUAAGAGUAGAGAGUAAGAGACCUCUAGGUCAAGAUUAAUUAGCUUAGCAAUAAACUUCAUCAUCAGGAUCUUUAAGGAAGAAUAGAAAUUGAAAGAAAACGCAGGGAAAUCAUCCAAAUCGAAAAGGAUUUGCUUAAAACUAGAGAGCAAGUUGAAACCAAGACUAGAGAAGUUAUAAUACUUUAGGAUUAAUUGGAAAAAGAUAACUUAAACCCUAGAUUAGCCAAGCAAAACAAUAAUCACUCCAGCAAUUUGCAAGAUCAUAGCAAUGAGAUCAUAGCAGUAAAAGACUAAGAAAUCAAGAAUCUUAAUUAAUAAUUAGAUGAUCUCUAGGAAAGACUGGUCAACAGCAGAGCAUAGCAGAUCUAAGAAAUAGAAGAUCUCAAAGUCUAAUAUGACUUGGAACUCUCAGAACAAAGAAGAAAUAUCAGUAAAGAGAGGGAAUAGUUGGAGAAGAGGUUUAUGCCUGGUUAUGCUCCUGGUGACCUUAUGGAGAAUAACCAAGAUCUGCAAAACAGAAUAGUUGACUUAAAAAAUGCCCUGGAUAGAAUAAUGCAGGAGAAUGCAAUCUUAAGAAAGAAGAUUGAAAACGAGAAACAGAAUAACGACAGCCAUAGAAGUGAGAUUAAUAGCUAUAAGCAGGCGUUAUAAGAUCUCGAAAGUACUAUGGCUGAGAUGUCCUCAGGAUUUAACUAAUAAUCCUCCUAGAUGAGAGAUCAAAGAAGCAAAAUGAGCAUAUAAUAGGAAGAAAAGAAAGCACCAACUUCUAAAGCAGGAGCUAAGAAGAAGUAGAAUUCCUUACAUUUCAACAAGGAUGCUUAUUAAUCAGAGAGUGACCAAUACUCACAUUCAAAGAUAAAUCAUAAUGACUAGUCUUCGCUAAAUGUCUCAGCUUUAACUUCUGUUAAUAUGAUUUAGAAUGCUAGCAAUAGUCUUAGCAAUAAUGGCAGAAACCAGAGACAGUUUGUAAUCAACCCACCUCCACUUAUCAAAGCAUUAAUCUAAUCUAAAGUAAGUGAGAUGCUGUAUAAGAAGAAGUGUGAGGAUCUUAUCUAAAUUGAGGUAGACCUAAGAUUACAGAUUAAAGAACUUAGUACAAAGCAUAGAGAGCAGCUAAUGCAAUAGAGAUAAGAACAAACUAUGAAUAAAUAGAGGCAGGGCGAGCAACUUGACUAUGAAUUAGAUGAGCUAAGGCGAAGAUUAAUUGAAUUAGAGAUUGAAAAUGAGGACUUGAAGUUGAACAGAGCUUAAGAUCAAAUCAAUACACUAUAGCUAUAGCAACAGUAUACACUUAGCAUGAUAAAGCCUUUACAGUCCUAAUAGAAUUACGAGCAUCAAGGCUAAUAUGUGCAGUAGGAUUUUAAUACAUUGAUUGAGGCGAUUAUCUACCUUGUUAAUAGAAUUAGCAAUGACUUGAAGGACUAGGAAAACUAGGCUAAUGGGCAAUAAGCUAUAGAAGAGGGUUAGAGACUGGUUAUAAGAUCACUCCUUAACAAGAUAAAUUUUGAGUAAGGCAUUUCUGGAUCAGAAACUAUCCAAUAUGCACCUAGUGAAGAGAAAGAUAGGAAGUUGUGGUAUUUGGAGUUGCUUGAAUAGCAAGUGAACAGCUCUGAGUCUGUAGUCAAUCAAUUACAGUCUUUCAUUAAGAAACUAUCAAUAGACAUUUCAGGCAAUCUUCAAUCAGCAGCCCAAAUCAAAGCAGCAUCUAUGGACCUUGCCUAGAAUACAAUGAAGACCUCUGAUGAAAUCAAAACUCUAAAGCACAUAGUUGGUCUUAUCAAACAUGAUCUAAAUAGAAACUUCUAACUGCAAAGACAAAUGGAAUAAACUUAGGCCCACCAGAAUAGUAACUCCAACAACUAAGUUACACAGCAGAAUAUGAGAACCAUCAAUCCAUUUGAAAAGCAGAGUAUGUUUAACUAAGCUUAGAUCGAUUAAUUGAUCAAUAACAGUGAUCAGCUCUAGAACUAACUUACUAUUACUGAAAAAGUUAAAAAGACUUUGGAACAAGAAAUUGUUCAGCUCAAAAUAAAUCAUUCUUAAGAGCAAUAAAGCAUCUCUCAGAAACUAAAUCAAGCCCUAGACCAAAAAAAUUCUCUCCUGCAGACUAAUGAGGAACUACAUAGCAAAGUAACCCAGCUUUAGACGUCACUAGAAAAAUUGAGGGGUGAAAUAAACAAUGUUCAGGAGUAGAAUAAUCAUCAUUAAAGUCUUAUAAUGGAGAAAGAAAGAGAGAAGCAGUUAAUUGCUCAGAAUAAGACAGCAACUUAAAAGCACUUGUAAAAGUUGCAGCAGGAUAUGAAUGAUUGGCGCCAUCAGACUGAUGAAAACAUUAAGAUAAAGGAGAGAUAAAUUGCUGACUUAAAUGGAUAGGUUUAAUCUCUAACUAAGGAUAGGGAAAGACUGAAGUCAGAGAAUCAAAUGCUGAGAAGGUGUGAAAAGGAUAGGAAAAGCAUUUCAAAUGAGGAUCUGAAGAAACUUGAGCACGAAAACAAGAAUCUAAUGGAAAAACUGAAUCAAUAGAUGAAUGAAAGAAAGAAGGAGAUCGAAUUCUGGGUGACUGAAAGAGCAACAAUGAGGGAGAUGAUUAAUUAACUAGAAUGCGAGAAGGUCGAAAAUGAUAUUGAGAAAGACAACAACUCUAAAUCGAAAUAUGCAAGGGAUGACCCUGAAGCUAAGGUAAAGAAUCUUAAAAAGAAGUUAAGUUCUAAGAUCAAACAAAAGGAUGUCGAUCUCAGAUUGAAAGAUAAGUAGCUAUAAGACCUUAGUGAUGAGCUAAACAAGGUUAAGUACUCAGCCACUCUGUUGGAAUAAAGAAUGAGAGAAAGCAGUUCUAGACAGGCAGAGGCUGAAGAGAGAUUGAAGUACAUGAACUAAAAACUGAAGGAGGUUGAGCUUGAAAGAGAUUUAGUCAUGGCUGAAAAGAAUAAUGCUCUAUAGACCAAUGAUGUGUCAGCCGCUCAAAUCUAGGUUGAACUCAACUCGCUCAGAGAGUGCUUUGCAAAACUAAAGGUAGAAAGAGACAAUCUGCUAUAUGAGAUUUAGGAGACCAAUAACAGAGAAUAGGAUUGGAGGCAGACAGUUGAGAAGCUAUCAGAUGAGAUUCAAAAUAUGGAAAGGAAUAUCCUAUCUAAGGAGAGAGAGCAGAAUGAGACUAUAAAGGUCUUGGAGACUAAAUGCAAUACUUUCAUGUCUGAUUUGAAGUACCUUAAAUAAGAUAAUGAUAAACUAAGAGAGAGAUCCAGAGACAUGGACUCUAGCCAGAUCAAGUAUGAGUAAUAAGUUCACUAAGAAUAAAUGAAACAGCAGGAGUUAAUUAUGUAGAUAGAAAACGGAAAGAGACACUAGAAUGAUCUGGGACUGUAACUUAAGGGCAAGGAGAACUAGAUGAACGAGCUUUAACAAUAAUUCUUACUUUUAGAAGCCAAUAAGAUGCGCGACAUAUAGGAUCUUAAGACUAAGAUUGAGGAGAUUAAAGAAGCAAAUGCCCAGAUCAUUGCUCUGUAUGAGAACUAGCUAAAUGACCUGAAACUAAGAUUCAUCAAUGAUAAAUAAAAGACUGAGCAAUAGGUUGAUAACAUGUUCUCCAUCGCAUAAAGAGAAUCUGUUGUUAAGAACCUCAAGAAGGAACUUACAUAAGCCAAGGCACUGCUUAAUAAAUCAAAAACAAAGAACAAGAGUCUUAAAGCUUAGAUUUAAAACCAAGAAAAUAUCUCAAAUAAUCAGAGACCUAGGAGUAGACUCACUUCAUAGAAACACAGUUUCAAGGAGUCUACAAUUUAAUAUGAUGAAUUCUAAUGUGAUAAAGAUGUGUAUAGACUGUCAACACUGCUUAUGGGAGAUGAUUCUGGAUAUAAAGGGAUGCUAGAAUAGCUACAAAAAGUUAAUCACGUUAACUAGUAGUUCGUUGAGGUCAAGGCAGAUUUAGAGAAAGCUAACAAUUGGAAUAUGGUUAUUAGUCAGUAACUUCAAGAGUACUAGGAGAGAAACUAGGAACUGCUAAUCUAGAUAGAUAAUCUGUCUAAAGUAAGUCUCAAGGAAAACAGUAGAAUCAACAAGUCUCAAAUAGCAGGCAGUGAAACUAUAUCUAAGUACAAAGUUGAGAUAAAGAACUUAUCAAGUGAAUUAGAAUCUAUGAAAUAAGAAUGGCUUCCACCUAGAGAAGUCUAAAAUAUCAAUGAGAGACUAAAGGAUGCUAACAAUACUAUUAAAACCUUGAAGGAUGAGGUAUAACGUAAAAGAGAAGUUAUCACUCAGCUUAAGCAGCAGCGUGGUCAGACAGAAGUUGAAGCAACUUAGAUCCUUAAUGAAAUGGAGGGCUUGAAAGAUGAUAAUAUAAAAUUACAGAAAUUGAUCAAAGAGAAUAACAAGAAUAUGAAGCUAGCUUAGGAACUGAAGAGUGCCAAUGACUAUAUGAAAGUAGGUGAAAAGCGAAUGAAGGAAGAGAUCAGCCAGCUUAAUGAAAAACUAAAGCAAGCAAGAGUCGAUAUCACUAGGAAAGAGCAGCUGAUUAAGGAGUAUAAAGAUAAACUUGACCUCAUUCAGGACGAGAUUAACUAAAGCAAUCAAAGAGUGAAUGAGAUUGAAAAACUCAAGGAAUUAAACAAGAAACUUAAGCUUGAAAGCGAGAUCAAGGAGAAUCAAGUUAAGACUCUGAAGCAGAGACUAGAACACAAUGAUGAGGAAAUUGAAAACUUGAAAACAGUUAGCCAAUCUCAGAUAAACUCGAGCCAGUCUAAUCAGCUGGAAAAUCAAGUGCGCAUAACAAAGAAUAAAAUCAAGAAAUAUGAGGUAUAUCUUAAGAAAUCUCUUGAGACUUUGAGAAAGAUUGGCAAGGAACUCUCACACACCAGCUCAAAGAUGAGUAUGAGAUAAAGAAGUAACCUUAAAGCUAGCAAAAAGACCAAUGAUAAUCCUAUGCAAAUCAAUGAGUUUGAGAGAGAUUUCUACAAGGAUUCAGUGAAUAUACUUGGAGUAUCUAUGGAUGAACUGGAGGAAUUUAUGAAUCCUUCUCUUAACCACAGUUCAUCCGAGAAGAACAUUGAAAAUCAGAACUUCAUGGCCAAACUUGAAAGAGUUUCCGAGAUACCUGAGACUUUGAACCAAGAUUUAGAGCAGAUUUGCAACUAUUGCGUCAAACUUAUUAGUGAGAUUAAUCCAGAUGUUUCUUUUAAAUGA